AUGCUAGCUGAGCGAUAUGGAUUGAAAGAGACUCACCAUGUCUACCUUGAGGAAUCUGUUGCGAUGUUUCUCGAGACUGUUGCUCAAGAUAAGACUAAGCGUGAUAUUGCUGCAAGGUAUCAAAGAUCAGUGGAUACGGUCCAAAGGAAGCUAGAUGAUGUCUUGAGUGCUCUUCUCAAGUUUGCGGAGGAUACACUUAGACCACAAGAAGAUUGUAUCGGAGCACUCGAUGGAACUCAUGUGCCGGUUCGCCCUCCAAGUCAAAAUGCAGAAGCUUAUAAAGGUAGAAAGCAAGAUCCUACAAUGAAUGUUCUUGCUAUAUGUAACUUCGACAUGAAGUUCAUAUACGCGUAUCUCGGUGUACCUGGUAGAGCACAUGAUACAAAGGUUUUGACUCAUUGUGCGAGGAAUGAGGCGUCUUUCCCACAUCCUCCUCCUGGAAAGUAUUAUCUAGUUGACUCGGGAUAUCCGACCAGGACGGGGUAUCUUGGUCCGCAUCGUAGUAUGCGAUAUCAUCUUGGUCAGUUUGCUAGAGGAGGACCACCUGUUAGUGCACGAGAGUUGUUCAACCGAAAGCAUUCAGGAUUGCGAUCGGUGAUUGAGAGGACAUUUGUGGUAUGGAAAGCAAAAUGGAGGAUUUUGGAUCGUAAGCAUCCAAAGUAUGGUCUGGUCAAGUGGAUUAAGCUCGUGACAGCGACGAUGGCGCUACACAACUUCAUACGUGAUUCACAUCGGGAAGAUCAUGAUUUUGUACAAUGGCAAAGUGAUGAUGAUGGAGAAGCAGAAGAAGAAGAAGCUGAUAGUGACGGUGAUGAAGAAGAUGAUGAUGAUCAUGGUGGUAGUGGUGGACAUACUGUAUAUGAGCCGACCGGUGAUAGAUCGAUGGAAUGUUUGAGUAAGAACAGCACAGAUGAAUAUGGUAGAGGUCGUUUACCGUAUUAA